GCGAAGGGCACGCACGGACGCCUUCGCAGCCGAGAUCGCGUCCUCCCGCCUUCUCCCCGCGUGAUUUUGACCGCCACGACUCCCCCUGUUGAUUCCAUGAAACACACAACUCCCUCCUUGCCUCCCUGGAGUGGCAAACCGGGAGAGGAGCCCAGAAUGGUAAGCAGGAGCCAGCAUGCCAUCUCCCAGGAGCCUGAGCCAGGGCCUCUCACUUAGGUCUAGUUUCUUGUCCAAGACACCGCCUCUGCCUUUUGCAACAUUGCAAUGAUUGGCAAAAAGAAUGACCUCAUCUCUCUGGCUCAAUCUUGCCCAAUCUCUGGAACCUUCUAUGACUCAGGCAUGUAGAUUCUGGUUCCAACCCCGCCCGAGGGUUGAGCUUGCAGUUUGCAAUUCUCAAGGAAGACAUUUUUCCUCCUGUACUGCCUGCUACCAGAUUUGCACUACAGUUUGACAAACGUCAAUGCCUUCACUGCUGAAACUCCACUCCUCAAAUAUGGGUGUUUCAGGAGAGAUUCAUGCAUCCACCACAGAAAUGCCUGAGAUAUACCAGCAGGACAGAGGAACCUUCCAGCAAGCCUUUUAUCUGGCUUCACAAGGAACAAGUGCGUUGUAAUGCUGAGUCCCCCUCAGACUACACCCACACAGCUAUAAAGACACAUCUACCUACACGGGAAAGAAUGUGAGCCUGAGAAUGAGGACCAACCUCUCCUAAAAUGAGACUCACUCCCUGUCUUACUCAUAAGUGGCACCGUAGGUGAUGCUCGGAUCUUGCUGCCUUUCCUCAAGUCGAUGAUCUGGAUGGAAGGAGAAUCAGUUGUGUCUAAAACUGGUCCAGAGUGGGAGUGUGAGGAGGAAUGCCACCGUAGGAACAAGUGACCUGUCUGGCAAGGAAUUCAGCGUCCUUCUGAGAGCCUCUUCUCCACCUUGUCCCACAGGCCACCACUUCCUCGCUGAAGAGGGUACGGAGGAUUUUGCAAUCAGUCACCUAAAACUUUAGCUGAGCCAACACACAAGACUUUUGUUGCAGAACUGAACAAGAUAUUAUUUCACUUAAUUUUUGUGUCUUUUAAUCAUUUGAACUACAGUCAUAGUUGUUUUGCUUUGAGAAUUGUAAGCCGGAUUUGUUGCUAUUAUCUUUGUGUAUGCGUCUCAAAAUGAUUGACUUGAGCUUCCUGACCGAGGAGGAGCAAGAAGCCAUCAUGAAGGUUCUGCAGAGGGACGCUGCUCUGAAGAGAGUGGAAGAGGAGAGAGUCAGACAUUUGCCUGAAAAAAUUAAGGAUGACCAACAGUUGAAGAAUAUGAGUGGCCAGUGGUUUUAUGAAGCCAAGGCAAAAAGGCACAGAGACAGAAUUCAUGGUGCAGAUAUCAUCAGAGCAUCCAUGAGAAAGAAGAAGCUCCAGGUAGCAGCUGAGCAGAGUAAGGACAGAGCAAAUGAGGCAAAGGAAAGCUGGGUGAAUAACGUCAACAAAGAUGCUAUCCUUCCCCCAGAGCUAACUGGUGCUCUAGAAGAGCCAGAGGAUGUAGCACCAGCAAGCCCAAGUUCUAGCGUGGUAAAUCCAGCUUCCACCGUGAUUGAUAUGUCCCAGGAAAACACAAGGAAGUCAGCUGUGUCUCCGGCUAAGCAAAGGAAGAACCCAUUUAAUAGCUCCAAGUUGCCAGAAGAUCACUUAUCUCAACAAACCAAAAGUGAGCCGUCAAAAAAUGGAAAGGCUGGUUUCUUUCAGACUUCAAAAGAAGGUGAAUUGUCAGAGUCAAAAGAAGAAUUGUCGAUCCCAGAUAUUUCAAGCCAAAAUUUAGAGAAACCAAAGCAGACAUUUCCAGGCCCUGAGAAUGGAUCUCAGAUCAAAGCUCCAAUCCCCAAAGCCAGGAAAAUGCUCCACAAAUCACAUGAGUUAAAGCAAGCUGAUAACCAGCCUUUUCCUAGACAAAGGACAGACUCCCUGGGUGCAAGGGGGGCUCCGAGAGGGAUCCUGAAGCGCAACUCCAGUUCUAGCAGCACAGACUCUGAAACGGUUCGUUUUCUUCAGAACUUUGAACCCAAAAGCAAAAUUGUGUCACCUGGCCUAACCAUCCAUGAGAGAAUUUCUGAGAAGGAGCAUUCCUUGGAAGAUGACGACUCUUCAAACUCCCUGGAGCCAUUAAAACAUGUGAGAUUCUCUGCAGUGAAGGAUGAACUCCCACAGAGCCCUGGGCUAAGCCAUGGCCGGGACAUAGGAGAAUUUAGUGUUUUAGAAUCUGACAGAUUGAAGAAUGGAGCAGAAGAUAAAGUGGACGUAGAUGAGUUUUGGAAUGACCCUAAACCUCCCCAGUACAGAAAGCCUUUGCCUUUACAUCAAUCAGCCUCAAGCCCAAGUGCAUCAAAAAAUGAAACAUGUCAGCCAAUGACUUCUGGUUCUUUUCCAAUUAAUGGGCACCGUUCUCCCUCACAAGUUUUAACUACAAGACCAGAGUCCAUUGAGAAUUCACCUACCAUCAAUGAACACAAAGCCAAACCAUCAGAAUUGUCAAGGCUUAAAUCAGAAUUGUCCAAAAGCCCUGCUGAUGGACUGUCUUGUGUUGAGCCUGAGCCAUCUCAGGUGCCAGGUCACAGUUCUAGAGACCAUCAGCAAGGUAAGCCCCCUCUUCUCAAGUCCCUAAAAGCAAUGACGUCCUCACACUCUGAUCCAUUUGCCACUGAGAUAAGGAAGACAACUGAUGAUUCCAUAUCUAAAGUCCUAGACUGGUUUAAUCGAAGUUGUCAUUCAGAAGACAAUAAGUCAUCUCUCCAACAUCCCCAAGGAAUAGAGCCCAAAGAAGAAAUAGACUCAGAAUCACGGGUUGCUACUACCUUGGUGACAGAUGACACCAGUGUAAAAGAAAGUGGUUCAAAGGCUCUAUUAUCUGCCAAAGUUAAACUGACACCUGUGGAAUCUGAUUUGACAUUCCAGGAAAAGGGAAAUAUGCUACCUUCUGGAAAUUGCCAAAAUAAUAAUGUGAAUAUCAAACCCAAACCUAUUAAUUUGUUCCAACAAGGCAAGGAAGGUCCAGGCAUAUUGCAAUCAUGUGAAAUCUAUGACCCAAAUCAAGGGAGUAAAACUAUGGACUAUAGCCAAGGAUCGAAAAACAUAGGAGAAGGAAAUCGGGUACUUCCCCCAACCAGUAACUAUUCCUACAGUGCUGUCACAGGACCUGAUGCAGAAGACCAAGUUCCAUGCAACAUUAAAGCUAUUGGCACCUUAGGUGAAGAAGAGCCUAAGCUUCAUGGUUUUGAAAAAAGUAGAGGAAACUCAGAAGUGAAUUUUGACUCUUCAACACUUGUCAAAGAACCAAGUUUGAAAGACAACAUGAAGACAGAGAAAAAGAGCAAAGAAGAAGAUACAUACAUCCUGAAAGCUUCCUUAGAGCCAGAGUAUAUUGAGUCACCACAUGGAAUUGCCAAAGACAAAUCUUGGAAGAAGCCUGAAGUCCAAUUACAGGAUGCUGUUGAGGCUCCCAAGAACCAAGUACAAAGAGAGAAAUACAAAAGAGUAAGUGACAGAAUAUCUUUUUGGGAAGGUGAGAAAGCUGCUGCUAAAUUAACUCAUAAAGAACCCACAUCAUCAUGCAGUCAAGGGCGACCUUCUGCUAAAGCAUAUCAGCCUGUGAAGUCCAUGGACAAUUUAUCUACAGGCCAGACUGAAUAUAAUCAAGUCAUUAGCAAACAAGUGGUCCUAGAUGACAAUGGCCACAUAGCCCAUCUCUCCAGCUUUUAUUCCUCGAAUAAAUCUAAAGAGACCAGGCCUCAGAAACCAGGUCCAUCCAAAAAUUAUCCUUCAGUUGACCAAUCAGGUGAAAUGUCUCCUUUUCAGAAUAGGAUAAAUGAGCCUAUAAAAAUGUUGCCAGAGGCUGAGAGCUGGCAUUAUAAAAGGGAUCUUACUUUACCAUCAUGGCAACAUCCUUCAAAUGUUGCGAAUAGAAUAUAUACCCCUUUGGAGAAAGACAGAUCCCUAAUUGGUGAAUCAAAUCCCAACUUUAAAGUUAUGUCCCUAAAAGAAAGAAUGGAUGAACCCAAUAUGGAACAGGUCUAUAAUCACUCUCAAUUUGAGAAUUUGAGAAAGUUUUGGGACUUAGGAGCCAAUACAAAUAGUCAAGACAAUGUUGAGAAGAAUACUACCAUAGUAAGCCAAAAACCUUUGGUGCCUUUUAAUAGCCAGAAACACAAAGAACUCAGUGACAUUAAAUCAUCAGGAAAAAAUAUCCAUGAAAUAGGGACACUUCCAGGUAAAAAAAAAUUACCAGCAAGAGAGGAAAUUGAGAAAUUAAAUUCAAAGUGCACACUCCAGGUGUUACCAGACGAAACCACAUUUCCAUUGAGACCAUCCAGAAAGUCUGCUCAUCAGUUGCCAGGAAAUGAGUCAUCAAAGGAAAAUGCGAAAAAGAAUACGGAAUGGUUUGUUACACCAGUGUUCAAGGAAGAAAAGGAUUACUCAGACCAAGAGAUACAAGAAUCAAUAGUAAAAACAAGUGUUUUGUCUAAAGACUACAAAGACACUUUUAAUGACAACUUACAGAAGUUACUUUCAGAAGCUUCAUCACCAGCCAUGCAAACUUCUGUUGGAAAAGUUCAUGAAAAACAAGUGCCUGAACGAGAGAUUUCUGGAAAUAAAACAUGGCCUCAUGACACAGAUUUUGUUGAUACUGAGGGAGAAGACAGAGGACAUGAGGAGAUCAUUAAUGAGCAUGUAGACAAAACAGUAGCUCCUCCAAAGGUCAAACCGAACACUUUGACUGCUAGUCUAGACAAACUCCUGAAGGAAGCAACUGGGACUUCACCUUCUCCCUUACCAACCAUGUUAGAACCUGUUACCACUGGGAUCAACUCUGAGCCUGAAGAGAGUAGAGUUUAUGAAAAAGGGAUAGAAUGGAGUCACAACAUAUCAGACUAUCAAAAAGAGAUAAUAGCUCCUUUUCCAAAAGGGGAAGAAACUUUGGGAAAUGCAGCUCUCCUUCAGAAAGCUGAAAGUGGUGAGUGCCAGCUAAACAUGGAGGAUUUGUGUCAGAUGGCUGCAGAAAGUUCUCACUCAUUGGGUCGACCUUCUCAUCUAUACAGAAAGGAUUCUUUUGGGGAUGUGGCCAACUCUCCCCAAAAGAUGCCUUAUUCCAGGGAUGCUCAUCUUGCUCCCCAGGAUAAGGCAUUACCUUCACAAAGGGAAAUUUCAGAGACUGUGGAAAAAGUCAUUCUUCCACCUAACCCUGCCUUGAAGUAUGUAAAUGCUACAUUACAAAAGCUACUUAGAGAAGCUUGGUUGAGCUAUCCAGUUGGGAGGGGAGUAGUGCCUGGAGAAGUAAAAGCAGAAUUUCCUGAAGGAGUUGAGGCAGCAGGUAGCCCCCAGAAUUCUACACCAUGGGCUAUAACGGACAUUUUAAUUCCAGACAGAAAGGAUUUUUAUCCCUUCACCGUAGUUCCUGAUAAAACUCAUAAAAUUGGAUCUUACUUAGCUGCCCGAGUAUCUCCAUCAGAACAAACCCUUUGUUCAUCUGAUUGCACUGUUACUCAGUAUGGCAAAAAGUUAUCCCAGGAAGUGGCAGAAAUUGUGAAGGAAACAGUUAUUCAACCUAAAUCAGAGUUCCUAGAAUUCAGUGCUGGCUUAGAAAAACUACUGAAGGAAGCAGUUGAAAGCCCCUCCUCAAAAAAUGAAAGUGAUACAGGGACUCUUUCUCCAUCAAAGCUAACAGGUAGUACUGAGGUGCCCAGGCAAGCUGCUUCUGAAUUCCAUCCUGAGGAAAUCAAAGAAACAGUAAAAAAGUCUGAGGUGCCAUCAAUAACUGAGAGUGCUUUUGAUAUGGGUUUUGAGAAACUUUUUAGAGAAGCAUCGGAAACUCCUUCUUACCUGCUCCAGUUGUCAGUGAAGGAAGAAACUCCCGAGAAGGAGUGUCCACAGUCAGAGCAGGACAGUUUCUUGAAGACAGUGCCCCAUUUUUACUGGACAGCCUCAGAGGCCUCUGAAAGGAAGCUUAAGAAUAAUGUUCUCAAAUCUCAAGUCAACCAGUGUGAUGAAGUGUUGGGCAGACACCAAGCUAUGACUGAUUUAUCAGUAGAUCUUUGUGGUCCUGACAGUGGGGUUGAGAUCUUUGGAACCCCACAGCUCUUUGCAGAACAUAAAAUAGGGGUCACUGAAACUAUAAUAGCCCCAGAGGACAGGGACAGUGAAAGUCAGGUUGCAGGGGUUCAAGAAGGGACUUUUCAGGAACCUGGCUUUGAAAAGGCUCCUAAAGCAAUGAGUGUGUCCACAAAUAGGCAACCCAUUUCUAUCCUGACAGACAAAGCAAACCCUACAAAAACAAGUAAAGUUGAAUUGAUUCCGGCAUCACCAUGUAAGAGAGAAGAGAAAAAGGAAGAGAAAGAAGGUUUCUCUGACUCUGAUUUUUCAGAUGGAAACAUUGGUUCCAAUGCAGAAAGCUGGAGAAAUACCUCUAGUUCAGAAGAAGAACCCAGUCCUGUCUUGAAAACUUUGGAAAAGAGUGCUACUAGGAAAAUGCCUUCCAAAAGUCUAGAAGACAUUUCAUCAGAUUCACCAAAUCAAGCAAAAGUAGAUAAUCUGCCAGAAGAAUUAGUACGUAGUGCUGAAGAUGAUCAAAAAGCAGAUCAGGAACCAGAUACAAAUGAAUGCAUACAAGGAAUUUCCACAGUGCCUUCACAACCUGAUAAUCAGUUUUCCCACCCUGACAAACUCAAAAGGAUGAGCAAGUCCGUUCCAGCAUUUCUCCAAGAUGAGAGUGAUGACAGAGAAACAGAUACAGCAUCAGAAAGCAGUUACCAGAUCAGCAGACACAAGAAGAGCCCAAGCUCUUUAACCAAUCUUAGCAGCUCCUCUGGCAUGACGUCCCUGUCUUCUGUGAGCGGCAGUGUGAUGAGUGUUUACAGUGGAGACUUUGGCAAUCUGGAAGUGAAAGGAAAUAUUCAGUUUGCAAUCGACUAUGUGGACUCAUUGAAGGAGUUGCAUGUCUUUGUGGCCCAGUGUAAAGACUUAGCAGCAGCAGAUGUUAAAAAACAGCGCUCAGACCCAUAUGUAAAGGCCUAUCUGUUACCAGACAAGGGCAAAAUGGGCAAGAAGAAAACACUUGUAGUGAAGAAGACCUUGAAUCCUGUGUAUAAUGAGAUACUGCGGUAUAAAGUCGAAAAGCAAAUCUUAAAAACACAAAAGCUGAACCUGUCCGUUUGGCAUCGAGAUACAUUUAAGCGCAAUAGUUUUCUAGGGGAAGUGGAACUUGACUUGGAAACUUGGGACUGGGACAACAAACAGAAUAAACAACUGAAGUGGUACCCUCUGAAACGAAAGGUAAGUUCUGACGUUUUUGGUUUGUUGGUUGGUUUGGUGCCUGGCAUGUAGGAGAAAGCUACUAUAAACUGCAUUUUAAUUAAUAAUGGUUAUCCCUUGUUUGGGAUCAUUAUAUCUUUCACUCUGUCCAAUAUGUCUCUUAUGCGCUUUUAAUGUAUUUUCUGUUCUUUUUUUUUUUUUCUCCUCUCCAGAAUUCAGGCUGGCUACUUUCUGCUAACUUGUCUUUCCAUUCAAAUAAUUUUCUUAUCUGCUAUGUCUAAAACACCCAUCUUACAGGUUCUCAAUUGUUAUAUUUUUCAGAUUUAUAUUUUCAUUCGAUUUUUCACAGACCACUUCUCU